CACCCCGCGGUCCUCCCCCAACCACCGCUCCUCCGCUCGUGCUGAUGGCGGCGGCGAUCCGGUCCCUCCUCCGCAAGGCGGCGCCGUCCCUCGGCCGCAUGUCGCCGGUGGUGCAGGGGCUUUCGCCGGCGGCGCGCCUCCUCUCAACGACGGGGGGACAAGUGGCUUAUUCUGAUGAUGAUAAAACGCUGGCCAAACAGCGUGAGGAAAUAAAGCGCAUGACUGCUGAGUUUGAUGCGAGCAUGCUGGAGAUCCGCAAGAAUUUGGAUGCUAUGGAUGAAAUUGAGAGGCGGAGUGCGGAGGACUAUGAGAAGUUCCGUAAGAAGCUAAACAAUAUUGAGAAAGCAUGCAAUGUUGCUUUGAUCGUGCUGGUGCCUAGCACUGUUCUGCUUUUUGUCACUGUAGUAUCAUCUCUAUUAGUUGGUUAUAAGAAACCCUUAUUUAACUAGUGGGUUAAGAAACCCUACCUUCAGAACUCUAUGUGUUGUAGUGAUCCAGCUUUGGACUUUGCAUUGCAUCUUAAUGAACGCAUAAUGGUGAGCAGACUCGUUAUAUUUUCAGUUC